GGCGUCUCCUCCACGUCGCCUCUAAGCGCCGACAUGGCAGGAGGUGUGCGGAGAAGAAGCCCCAGCUCUCCGUCCCCUCUGUGGGGAAAACUCCACACUCUUUGGCAGGACAAGCACUUGAUCCUGUUCAAGACGGAACAUACGUUACUGGUGGUUUCAGUGCUGUGGAUCCUGGAAAUUGGAAUAAACCUGUGGGUCAUACAGAAAGUGGCAUACACAGAGAUCGACUGGAAGGCGUACAUGGAUGAGGUGGAGGGGGUCAUCAACGGUACCUAUGACUACACCCAGCUUAAAGGAGACACCGGCCCUUUGGUGUACCCUGCUGGUUUUGUUUACAUCUUCAUGGCUCUGUACUACAUCACCAACCAUGGGAUGAACAUCCGCCUCGGCCAGUACAUUUUUGCAGUGUUCUAUCUUGUUACGCUGCUGCUUGUCUUCAGAAUAUACAACCGCACCAAGAAGGUUCCGCCGUAUGUGUUCUUCUUUGUGUGCUGCGCCUCGUAUCGGAUCCAUUCCAUCUUUGUGCUGCGUCUCUUUAAUGAUCCAGUGGCCAUGAUGCUGCUGUUCGCAGCCACUAAUCUCUUUCUGGAUGGAUACUGGACUCUGGGCUGUGGCGUGUACAGUUUAGCAGUGUCUGUGAAAAUGAACGUGCUUCUUUUUGCCCCUGGAUUACUUUUUUGCCUUUUGUGGGAAUUUGGCCUCAUCAGAACAAUCCCUAAACUUUCUGUAUGUGCAGCCAUACAGCUUCUCCUGGGUUUGCCUUUCCUAUUGAACAAUCCUGUUGGCUAUUUGAGUCGCGCCUUUGAUCUGGGCCGUCAGUUUAUGUUCAAGUGGACGGUGAACUGGCGCUUCCUGCCAGAGUGGUUCUUCUUGAAUCGCUACUUCCACUUGGUCCUGCUGGCAGCUCACCUCCUCACUCUGCUGCUCUUCGCUCUCCGCCGCUGGAAGAGACCAGGAGAAAACAUAGUUGAGCUUCUUAAAGAACCAAGCAAGAGGAAAAUCCCUGCUCAAAGCAUCACUGUGGAUCAGAUAGUGCUGAUACUCUUUACAUCUAACUUCAUCGGCAUGUGCUUCAGCCGUUCAUUGCACUACCAGUUCUACGUGUGGUACUUCCACACGCUGCCUUACCUGCUGUGGAGUGGCGGUGUCAAGAAGUUGGCCCACCUGCUGAGAGUUCUGAUUCUUGGACUGAUUGAGCUUUCAUGGAACACCUAUCCCUCGACUAAGAGCAGCUCUGCAGCCCUCCAUGUCUGUCACCUCAUCAUCCUCCUCUGUCUGUGGCUGGCUCCACCCCUGACGGAAAAGAAAGAACACACGACUGAUAAGGGGAACAAGCGUCACUGAACCUGACGGGACAGGACGUUUGAUCGGAUGCUGAGUAACCUCCAUCAUCCUCCUCUCUAUCAUCGGCACAGGGCCUGCAGAGGGAAGUCACUGUGAAAGACUGUUGCUAGGUGGAUACAAGUUGCCAUUUGUUGCUUCUUGUCUUUGUUUCCUGCUUUGUCGUUUAAGCUCAGCUGCUGCUGUACCCGGCUAGUGCACACUGCUGUGGCUUGCAGUCAAAGACAUGACAACGGAAAGGAUGAAUUCUCAGGAGUCUUUUUGUUGUUACAUAAUUGGAAGUUUUCAAGUGCUGUGGGAAAAUCAUGUAUGCUUAGAAAUAAUUUGUUCAUACACAGAAUGUGAUGGAUUAAAGAUAAGAUCUAAAGAGCUAACCGUAGAUUCAGAAGUGUUAAAUCGACUACAUAUCAACAUGAAUCUGAUAUUUGGUGAAAGCCUGCAUUGUUUUUUUUUGUUUUGUUUUUUAUGCAAUACUGCAAAUAAACCUUAAACAGUAA